AUGGAUAUGAAGAGUACUAUGGAUGAGAAACACAUGAGUGUUGACCCAGUUGAUGAGGCGAUGAUGGAGGAGGGAGAGGUCAACGGCCUUAAACGGCAGUUAAAGCCCCGUCAUAUGCAAAUGAUUGCCAUUGGAGGAGUCAUUGGAACCGGUUUAUUCCUCGGAACUGCCUCUGAUCUCGCAGAUGGAGGCCCUGCUGGCCUCCUCAUCGCCUUCUGCCUGAUGGCAUCGUUGUUGUUCGCCGUCAUGACCGCCCUGGGAGAGAUGGUCUCCCAGUUUCCUCUCCCCGGCGGCCAGUUCGCCCUUGCAGGACGGUUCGUGGCCCCUGAGCUGGGCUUCGCCAUGGGCUGGCUGUACUGGUAUAACUACAUUAUUGUCCUGCCCGCCGAACUGUCCGCUGCCGCCGUCUUGAUCACCUACUGGACGCCCGCCGGACAGGCAGAUUCCACCUGCACCACUGGCAUCUGUAACAAUGCCUUGUGGGUGGCACUCAUGCUGGUGGUGGUGUGGGCUGUCAAUAUGGCCGGCACGCGCGUCUUUGGUGAAAUGGAAUUCUGGUUCUGCUCUAUCAAAGUGCUUACCAUUGUUGGAUUGAUCAUCACCGGCAUCAUCAUCUCGGCUGGGGGAGGCCCAGACCACCAGGCAAUUGGCUUCAAAUACUGGAAUGAAACAGGAGGCUUUGUGCAGUAUGAGGGUAUCGCUGGCGCCAAAGGACGCUUUCUAGGGUUUUUUGCUGUUCUCAUCAACGCUGCGUUUGCCUUUAUUGGCACGGAAAUCACAGCAAUUGCAGCUGCUGAAACAGCCAAUCCUGCCAAAAACGUUCCUCGUGCUAUCAAAAGCGUCUGGAUUCGACUGGUGCUAUUUCUAGUUUAUAUCUGCAGUGCCUUUUUGAUCGGCAUCCUCGUGUCUCCCUCCAAUCCACAGCUGGAUCUUUCUUCCACGGCAGCCCGAAGCCCUUUUGUCAUUGCUAUCGAGAACGCUGGAAUCUCUGUUCUCCCCUCCAUCAUCAAUGCCGCCCUUUUGACCUCCGCCUGGUCUGCCGGUUGUGCCGAUCUGUUUGUCUCCUCGCGCACGCUGUACGGCCUCGCAUCUCGGGGUGCGGCACCAGCCAUCUUCCUCAAAACACGCUCUGACGGCUUACCCUGGGUGUGUGUCGUGUUCUGCGCUGCCUUUUCCCUCCUCUCCUUCAUGGCGGCGAGCUCAGGCCAGGCCGGAACAGUGUUUGGUUACUUCUCCAAUAUGACCUCCAUCUGCGGGAUGAUCUCCUGGACAGGCAUUCUCUGGACGAGUAUCCGCUGGCACAAGGGAUUGAAGGUCCAUGGUAUCGACCGGGCUACACUGCCUUAUCGGGCGCCUCUUCAACCAUACCUGUCGUACUAUGGAAUGGUUGUGUGUAUCCUUGUGAUGAUCUUCGGCGGCUUCGGUGCAUUCAUCCACACCUUUGAUGUCUCCUCAUUCAUCACCACUUACUUCCCCAUCCCCUUCUUUGCCGUCCUCCUCUUCGGCUAUAAACUCUGGCACAAGUCAACCAUUGUACCCUAUACUGACCAGGACUUUGUGACGGGCUCCUCGGUGCAGUGGGCUGAUGUCACAUCAACAAGCAAGUGGAGAAAGAUAGUCGAGAAUAUUUAA